AUGCAGUUCACUGUAAUCGCCGAAUUACCAACGCUACCCGCACCUGAGGUCGUAGCAAAGACUGACCAGUCCAUUACACUGCGUGUGCAACAUAAAUUAUCUCAAAUGAAUGGCAAGAUGCAAUAUAAAUUACAAGCGAGUCAUAGUGAAUACGGAUAUGUUUACUAUUCAUGGCAUUAUUCAGGUCUUUUUACUGGUAAUAUAUUUCCAGUGAAAGGUCUUACUCAUAAUACGACCUAUGUAUUCCGUAUACGCGUGGUAAAUGAAGCUACUCGGCAAUGCGGUGAGUGGUCACUACCAACAAUGAAUGUACGUACAUUUACAGAGGAAGAGGAUGCCAAGCGUUCAGGGACUGUGUUUGAGCAUGCUCUUAAACUAGAGCGUGAGCAAAAGAGCAUUUUACAGAGUCAAAUUUCCAAGCUUACUGGCAUGCUCGAAGAGCGUAAAACAGCACGGGGGAGUGACAAGAAGGUUCAAUUGCACGAGGAUAUGCUCGCUAGUCGUCGUGUUAUUGAUACGAGACUUGUGAAACUACAGCAGGAGCUGAGUGCUCAAACAGCAGCUUUGCAGACAAUCAAGAGCCAACGCGCUGCUGAUGAAGAGAUGAUCACUGAGUUACUAAAUGAACAGGAGACACUGCGUCGUGCACAGAGCAAACAGCAGGGACAAGUGCAGUAUGAGCUAGAGAUGCAGACACUACGUGCACAAUUGGAAAGGAACAAUGAAGCACUAUGUAAGCACAAGGAACAGGUAAAUGCAAGUCAGGAGCAGAUUAUAAACUAUGAAGCGUCGUUGGAGGCAAAGAAAAGUGAAAUCUCGCAGAAGGAGGAGGAAGUGGAGAGGAUAAUGGCCGACUGCAAUCGUAUGGUGCAGGAGCAAGCCGAUUUAGCUCACGUGAAGCAGCUGGAGGUUGAAGAUGCUCUGCUGGAAGCCAAGACGUCGUUGGAGCAACAGCUUGAUAUUAACACGUAUUUGCGCGAAGAGGUCUCGCGUUUGCGUGAGGAGAAUCAUCACCUGAAGAAUCAAAUUGAAGAAGUAGACUCGGAAAUUGUGCCCAAGCUGGUCCGCCUCGAGGAUGAAAACGAACAGCUGCGUGCUCAGCUUAGUCGACACUAA